UCGUAUUUUUAGUCCUUCCGACAAAAAACAAAGGAAAAGGGAUGUCGUAUUAUGAUUGGAUUGGCGCCUAAAUCGUAGUCGACGAUGAGUUUGAGGAGGUUGAAGGUGGCGGUGACGGUGGGUGGUGAAGCGACGGACCCAAGCCCUAAUAAUGAGAGUGAGAAUAAGGCGAAAAGACAGACGGUGGUUCUGGACAAUGGAAGCGAAGUUGUGUUCAUGCCAAGGUUCGUUAGCUUCGAUCAGGCUUGGACAUGGUUCGAUUACCUCAACACCCAUAUCCCCUGGACCAGACCCACCAUUCGCGUCUUCGGCCGUUCCUGCCUCCAGCCUAGAGAUACAUGUUAUGUAGCAAGCCCAGGACUUCCUCAAUUGGUUUACAGCGGCUACCAGCCUCAUGCCUAUUCAUGGGAUGAUCAUCCACCACUUAAGCAAAUCUUGGAAGCGGUCCAUAAAGCUCUUCCUGGCAGCAGUUUUAAUAGCUUGCUCUUAAAUAGGUAUAAAGGUGGUAAUGACUAUGUUGGUUGGCAUUCUGAUGAUGAGAAGCUUUAUGGAUCAACUCCUGAAAUCGGGUCCUUAACCCUUGGAUGCGAACGUGAGUUCUUCUUGAAGAAGAAACCCAGUAAAACAUGCCAAGAAAGCAGAGAUGAUCAAGAACCUAAAAGUAAGCGAUUAAAGAGGAACCAUGCUGAUCAGCACUCUUUCACACUUAAGCAUGGAUCACUAUUGGUGAUGAGAGGUUACACUCAAAGGGAUUGGAUGCAUUCGGUGCCUAAGCGGACAAAGGUAGAGGCAACUCGUAUCAACCUCACAUUCAGAUGGGUUCUUGAAGACCCGGGUGCGAUGAGUUAACUUGACACUGGUACUUUGUCCUAGAGGAGUAAUAUAUAGCUUUGUCGAUUAGUUAAGAAGAUUUUGGAUGUCUGUAUCCCUCUGCUAUGUCACGUACUGAAUUUGGGUAACAGGCUUUACAAUUUAGUGUUUUUGUGUGUUUGUUUUGUUGCUUGGCUAGUAUAGUAGGCUUUUUGUCCCUCCGUCUUUAAGUAGAAUGAGUGCCAUAAGCCUUGUUUCCUGAUGUUACCAAGCAUAGCCUCUUCCAUAAUCCGUACUGAGCAGCCAGUGCCAGAUUAAUACGGAAGAGCCCUAACUUUGAGUUUCAGCAAUCUUGUAAUGUCACCACAGGCUCGUCUUAAGCAAGUAGCAUCGACUUCCCGAAGCCUUGGACUUGGACUCCCAUUGUGCAGUUGGUGUGUAACUCUUGCCAUGAACAUAUAUGGCAACGGCAGCACCCAACCAUUUUGUUGAGCCUUGUUAACUGAUUGGUGAGGUGACUUUGGAUUUGAAAUGUUAGCAAAUUGAACUAUGAGGAGCGAACGAAACGUAAGUAAUUGAGGACCAAACUUGUUUAGUUUAUGAUAAACAAGUCAUAAGAGGCUAAGGGCAGAGCAGAGCACAACAGCCGCGUUGUUGCGGUUCCCGGCGUGAAAUGAUAAAGUUGGAUGCUGAUAUCAUUCAGAUGUAUCAAAGCAGGCAGGCAGGCGAUAAAUGAUGAUGCAAUGAUGGCGCCAAAAUUGCCAACCUAAACCAGAAAAAAGAAAAUAAAUAAAUAAAUAAAUCCUCAGCGCUGUCGACCCAUGAUAAGGAUAACAAUAACAUGUCUUUCCUCAUUCAUUAAU